CCCUUGUAAGUUGUAACCCUCGAUACUCGAUUCGCUCAUUCUGCAAUCGAUUAGGGUUUCUCUUGAUGGCAACUUCCGGAGACGACGGCAUCAAGAAGAAGUUCUUUUUGGAUUUGAAAUGUCUCUUUUCUCAAAUACCAGAGGUGGAUACAGUGCUCAAAUCGAACCAGAGCGAUACUUAUUCAGAUGAAUCCAAGGUUGUUCUGUUGGAUGGUGAUGAUGAUGGUUUUAGAAACAGUAACCUUUUGCACCCGAUUCGACCUAACGCCAAAGAUUGCUCUUUUUUCCUUCGAACUGGGACUUGCAAGUUCGGCACGACGUGCAUUUUCAAUCACCCUGUUUUGUCGGAAAAUUCGGUUGAUCUGGGAAAAAGCAAUGAAAAUGGUGUUGAGAGUUCAUACAGGAAUUCGUGUCCGAUUCCAUGCAAGUUUUACCUAUCUGGUCAUUGCAAAUAUGGAGAUUUUUGCAAAUUCAAUCACUGCAAAUCAGAGGCUGAAAAAUCUACUGGGCAACUUAACGUUUAUGGUUUUCCAAAAAGAUUGGGGAAGAAAAACUGUGCUUUCUACAUGCGUACUGGUAUGUGUGGUUAUGGCGAGUCCUGUAGGUUUCACCAUCCUGAUCCUUUCUUCAUUAUGCCUGAACUUUAUAGUUCAGUUGUCACUGGUGAAUCCAUGGAUGAUCACAAAGAAACUUCAGAAAUCACUUUGCAUUUCUCGGAAUCAACUCCAUCUCAUCUUUCACGGCCUCUAAUAACACCCAAGAGUCUUGCGUAUGUGCAUCAAAAUUUUGUAUUGAGUGGGAAUCAGGGAAAGAAGGUAUGUUGGAAUUACGAAAGGGUAGGGCUUUGCAAGUUUGGCCAUGCUUGUGCAUAUGACCAUCCCAACAAGCACUCACCAAAAGAUGGAUCCACAUCAGAGUUUCCUUCCGGUGAGGCGUACCCGUACAAUAUCCUACCGAAGGGAUGUUGCUGAACUUGUGUUAAAGUGACUGGAGAAUCAUCAACAAUUAGCUUUCCGACUAUGGAGAAUUGCAUGGAUUCAGUUUGUGCAAAUUGGAUUCAGCUCCAAGCUCAAUCAACCAAUGAUACGACUUCUCAUUCAGCUCUCGUUUUUCCACCAACACAGGUCAGAUUCCUAUACCAUCUUACCAAACUAAACACAGAUCGACACGCCAAAGAGUAGUGUUUAUAAACAAGAGGAGAUCUUAGCUUCCGGAGGCGUGGUAUAUGUUAGUGGUAAAUCUCAUCUUCACCCUUGCACUUUCUCAGCUGGUUAAUCUACAAUUUAUUGCUGUCCAACCAUUUACUUUAUUAUCAUAUUCAGCUAUUAGUUUUUAUUUACUGCAUCUCCCUCAAGUUGGGAUAAAGGCUUAUUACUAUAUUUCCAAUUUUCUCUCUAUCCCUAGAAAAAAUGCAACAUUCGAGUUGGCACAUAGUUUAAUAACAAUAAUGUUUGAUAGCGUCUUGAUAGGGCCAACAUAGAGAAAAUAUAGUUUUAUGAGAAGACCCAAAAUAAGUUUUGUAUUUUUUUGAAUGGAUUUAAUCAAAUCUCUUCAUGAUAUGCCAUUAUUUAUGAAAAUUCCACUUCCCUUCUUAUUUGCAUUCUUUUCUUGUAGAUUCUGUGAUUACAGUAAUAAAUUAUCUUAUCUACAAGUGAAGGAAUCUAAGCUCAUUUAAACUUCGGACCAUAAAAUAACAAACUUAGAAGUAUACAUGCUUAGCGUUAUUUGUACAAAAACAUUGUGAUAAACUCGUAAUUCUCGCAAGGCUGCAAAGAACAAGAAACGGUCUUGACACUGAUGUAGUUUAAAUCACCUUCAGUAUACUAAAAGGGUUCUUAGAAGUGUCUGUCACAAUCACCUUAUUCUCUGUUCGUCCUCUCUCAUCUAAAUGUGUCAUCAUGUGAGUUAUCAAAGGAAGAUUCAAGGACUAGGCUUUGGUGGCUGGUUUCUAUUGGCCAUCGUUGUAAUUCUCUUGUGCCGCUUUGCAUGGCAAAUUGAUAGAGUAACAAACAGGUGUAGGCAUGGUUUUAAAAAUCGUUUGACGUGUACGCCUCAGAUGAUCUACUUUGGUAAUGGUUUUUUUGGCCUUUUUUAUAAGCUUUAUGGCAGUACUUCUCUUUAUAGUAUAAGUGUCUUUUUUAUUUUAAUGAACUAAAAAUUAAAGCCCAAUGACUCCAAUGUGUACUUUUAAUAUUUUAAAACCCAAAAAACCAGUACUUUCUCCUCUCAAAUUAAAAAGUGUGGUUUGACCCUUCCUCUUUCUCUAAGCAACCAGUUUUUUCACACCCUCUCAACCUGCCUCACGUUUUCACUCUUUCCUCUGUCAAGAACCACUGAACCAACGCCCUUAGUAAUUUAUGUAGUAUAUACAUUUCUGCUUUAGGGCUUACACAUCGCCUUGUUGAGGGAAAACUCCUCGAGGCUGAAUUCCGCCUUUUAAGACCGUAUAGGCUCUUGAUUGUAUGACAAGCAUGUAUACGACAACCACAAGUCUCCCAAGAACACAGCAAAAUGAAGAAAAUAAGACCCCUUAGAUCUUGCAUAUAACAGAGAGUGGGUGUUAGCGUCAUUCAUAUUCCUCUCUUCCAUCGACUUCUUGUACAUGGUUUUUGACCGAUAAGUUGGUUCUCUUCCUAAGAAAUUGUAACUUUUUUGUCGUCUAUAGUUUAUGAACAUAAAAAAAUUAUAAAUCCACAUACUUAGUCAUGCUAUUCACGUUUAGAGUCAGGUGUUUAUUUGGUUUUCCAUCAAGUCCUGUAUGGAUAAAGUUGUCUGUGAGGAUUAAUUUGUCAGUAUAGAUUGGGAAAAAGUUUUUGUUUGGGAGGGUUUUGUCAUAGAUGGAAUGCGCAUUUUUUUAAUUAGGAAGGGCAAGUUUGGAAAAAAGCAUGGUUUAGGUGGAUUCGAUCCGAUCCAUUCAUCCAUCAGAUGUUGGAUUUGUCAUCCGAUUCAAUCUGAUUAACAUUGGACAUCCGAUUCGAUCCAAAUCCAGUGGAUGAUUGGAUCGGAUCGUUCCAUUCAUUGGAUGUUACUAUUGGUUAUCCAUCGGAUCGGAUUGGAUUCAUCCAGUCUUUUGAUCCAAUACUCAACUAAUUAGUCAUAUUUUCUUAAGUUAUUAAAAGGCAAUGCAUAUAAAUAUCAAUUAAAAAACAAAAGCGUAAAAUGUUAAUAAUUAUUUGUAGUUAUUAAUUAACUGUUAGUUGGAUGAUCAUUGGAUUGGAUCGGUUCGGUUUUAUUGGAUGUUGGACUCCCAUCCACGAACCAACUGAUCCGAUUUGGAUGUUGAAACUUUGGAUCCGAUUCGAUCCAAUUACAAUUGGAUUCACGACGAUGGUCGUUCGGUUGAUAUUGGAUCCGAUGACUUCCUGCACACACUUAGUUUUCUGCAUAAAGCUCCCCCUAGAAGUUUACCAAAAUAAGCCACUUUCUAUAUC